AUGGACUAUCUAGAAAAGCAUUGUCUGAAAGAGCCAAGAUCAAUGAACAUUUACUCCGAUAACUGUGGAUAUCAAAAUAAGAAUAAAUACUUGGAGAAGGGUCACACUCAAAUGAAGUGUGACUCCACUCAUGCACUUAUCGAACAAAAGCUAAAGAACAGAAAAAUUCAUACACCUAGUCAAUACUCCUCAGCAAUAAAAGAAACAAGGCUUAAGCCUUUUCCUCUGAAUGUCAAUUAUAUCACACAUGAUUUUUUUAUAAAAUAUGAUAAUAAAGAACUUUAUACAUACCAAUCACGACCUGCACGAAACGUAAAUUACGCUAAAGUAACCGAUGGUCAAAUUUUUAAGUAUUGUCCGAAUGGAAAAAUAUUCUACAAAUUGAGUUACGAUGAUGAAUAUAACGUUGAAUUACCUUGUCGUUCAAACACAAAUGAUUCAAGUAACCAGCUUUGUUGCCGAUUAUACGACAACCGAAUUAAAAUUACAAAGAAAAAAUUUAAGGGUUUACAAGAACUGACUUCAGUAUUAUCUAAAGAAGUGAAGGAUUUUUACUCAAGCUUACCGUAUCAAUCCGAAGAUAAGAAUCAAGGAAAUAAGAAGACUAAGCAAAAAACAGAAUCAGAUGAAUCGAAAAACAACCAAGAAAUAGCUAAGUUAGAAGAAACUAGUUCAAAGAAGAAAGCUACAAACCUAAAAUCUACACAAAAUAUAAAAAUAAACGAAAUGAGAGAGCUAAGCAAAACACAGAAUUAG